CCUUUAGGCCCGGCCACAUAAUGACAGACCUGCUGUGUAUUAAAGGACCCUGCCCAGGCGUCUUCUCCCAGCCGCCUCCCUUUUCUUGGGCCCUUAAAAGCCUCCCAGACCGGGUGGUGGUGGGGGGGACCACUUCCAAACAGAGAGAGAGGCUCGCCAUUCACUAAGUCAACCGUUCGGUCGCAACCAGAGUUUCUUCAACAUGGAUAAUCAUUCCUACAACUUUCCAUCCGACUGCACCCCACUCACAAACUGCAAGUCGGCCCGCAAGCCGGCGGGUUCCACCGUGGUGAACAUGGGCAACGCGGGGAAGAACCCUCCCCGGGACUACCUGCUCUGGUCGCUCUGCAACACCUUUUAUGUCAACUUCUGCUGCCUGGGCUUCAUGGCACUCAUCUACUCCAUCAAGGCCCGGGACCAGAAGACUCUCGGGAACCUGCAGCUGGCUCAGGAGUGCUCAGACAAAGCCAAGUGGUACAACAUCCUGGCCGCCGGCUGGAACCUGCUGAUCCCUCUGCUGGCCAUCGUCCUGAUCGUCCUCCUGCUCGUCCACCUCGGCUCCUCUCAGGGUUCCUUCGAUUUCCUGGGAGAGGACGGUUUCCAAAACUUCCUCAAGCUGUUCAGCUGGUAGAUGAAGGAGGAAAAAAAUAAAUAAAAAAAUCUCUGAUUGGAUUCAGAAGACGAUGACAGACGUUAGAAUUAGUCAACGUCUAAAUGUUUGUUUUCGACUUGUCCUAUGCAGAUGUGUUAAAACUUCUGCUCACAAUCUGAAUUAGCUGUAACACUGAUAACUUAUUUUAGCAGUAUUAGCGUCUCUCUGCCAAAAAUUAGAUGAAUACGAAAACGUCAAGGUGGAUUUAAGCAGUAUUUUUGAAACAGUGCCAUGAAUGUGACUUACAUCUGAGCUGUUGCUAGAACGAAAAGGAAAAAAAACUUUAGAGCAUGCAUGAUGUUUUAUGUGGUGAGCCAAAGGCUGAAAUGGCCUGAAAGUCAAAAUGAAGGAAUGAAAGGAAAACAUUACAGGGACAGUUUGCAUUUUUUGAAGUAAAGUAAUUUAAAAUUGUUAUAAGUAUGUGUAGUAAAAGAUGUGAUAUCACAACAAGUUUGGUGAAGCUAGCUGUUAGCAGUGGUAUGCUAAUAGCUAGUCACAAAACAGCAUUUUAGCUAGUUUCAGCAGGUUAGCAUCCCGUCCACACGGAACAGUUUUUUUUUGUUAGUUUUUUUGCUAAGAGAAACGUUUUUAACAAUUUUUGCUCUAUGUCUACAUGGAGAUGGCGUUUUGGGCCCCCUAAAUGUUUUUUUUUUUUUUUUUACAUUUUCCAGAGUAAAAUAUUCACUCUUGUGUAUUUGGACAACAAAAACACAGUUUUUUGUGAAAUCUCCAACAUGCUAGCCUGCAGUCUAGCCCAGGGGUGGGCACCCCUUGUCCCUGGAGGGCCGGUGUCCUGCAACUCUUAGCCGUCUCCCUGGUCCAACACACCUGAAUCCAACAACUGAAUCACCUCCUGAGUGCAGUCACUUUCUCCAGAGUCCUGCUAAUGACCUCAUUAUUUGACUCAGGUUUGUUGUAGUAGAGAUACAUCUAAAAGUUGCAGGAGACUGGCUCUCGAGGCCUGGAGUGCCCACCCCUGGACUAGCCUGACCUAUUACCUCGGACAAAUCAAUGGAAAAUUUAGCGCCACCUACACCUAAUGUUUAGCGCCACCUACAGGUCAGGAGGAGACCAGAACGAGGCUAUUCUCUCUCUGGGUUUCCUUGCGGAAGGAAACAUUUCUGAACCCAAGUGUUUUCGAUAACAACCCGUUUUAGGAGAAAAAUUGUUCCUGUAUGGUCGAGAUCUAAAACAACUCUAACUGAAAAUGUGCAUGGCUGUGGUACAUGGAGCUAUGCCAGAAAAUAUUUUCUACAUUUCAUAAGUUUGUCAAUGUCUUCUCAGCUAGACAAUGUCCAUGUAAUUACGCUAAAACUACAUCAGCGGAUACCAUUGCACAAAACCUCAAGAAAUCCUAAGGGUUUUUUCAGGGUCAUGGCCAGUCACAAAAUCCAGCUUCUCUGCUUUAUUUUUGGUAUUUAUUGUAUUUAUGUGAAGUACAAUUUGAUCGGUUGUCGGAACAGUCUUUGGUCAGGAUAGAUUGAGAUUGAGAACUGAAAUAACAAACAAAUGUGGAGCCAAAGUCUACAAUGGACGAUGAAUUCGUUUUCAUCGUCUAGCAUUUCUCACAUUACUUUAUACAUCUCUUUUCAUCAUUGUAGACGUUUUGUUUUUGUUGUUUGGUGCUUUGAAGACUUUUCUGUUGUAUUGCCUUACUGUUUUCAAUAUAUGCAAUAAAUAAAUCAGACUGUAUGAUAGCACAGUA